UCAGCGUCUUUUGACUUGGCUGAAAAUCAUUUUGUGGAGGUUGAUAAGGAUGAGGUGUGGCUACGUCGGACAAUUGGUCUGAAAAAGGAUGAAUAUUUUUUGGAUGUGAAGCAUGUCACCAAAAUAGAAGUUAUGAACUUGCUGGAAAGUGUUGGUUUCUCUCGGUCCAAUCCUUACUAUGUUGUUCGGCAAGGGAAGAUAGCAUCUCUGACCUUAAUGAAAGAUUCUAAACGUCUUGAUCUGCUGAAGGAGAUUGGUGGGACACGUGUUUAUGAAGAGAGACUGCAUGAGAGCUUGAAGAUAAUGCAAGAAAUUAGCAAGUGCAUUUUCAUUGUGUAUUUGAAUAGGAUGAACUAAAGAAAACUUGGCUUUGCAAGAGGUGCCAGACAAAGAAUGCCGAACUGAG